UGCGCCUGUGCGCGCGCCACUUCUCUUUUGGCACGCGCUCGAGCACUUGGCAGCGACGCUCAGGAGUGAGGUGUGUAACCAAGAGCUAAAAUUGGUUUCGUGAUGAGGGAAAGUGAAUGAGCAAGCCGUCGCGAUCUGUGCUCUCGUCUUCUUGGAAGGAAUGAAGAAAUGGACCCGCUUAUCACUUCCACUGACUUUCCAAGUAAUUCAACCAACGACUCUACAACCUUCAACGACACCGAUUUAUACAGGAACCAGUUUGUGCAACCAGUUUGGAGGAUAGUACUUUGGGCAGUGGCUUACAGCACAAUUGUCAUCGUUUCUGUGGUGGGCAACAUCACGGUGAUAUGGAUCAUUUUGGCGCACCAGCGCAUGAGAACAGUGACUAACUAUUUCCUUGUAAACUUGGCUUUCGCUGAAGCGUCUAUGUCCGCUUUUAACACCGUUAUAAACUUUGUCUACUCGGUGCAUAAUGAGUGGUAUUUCGGCCUCUAUUACUGCCAGUUCCACAACUUCUUUCCGAUAGCCGCUGUCUUCGCUUGUAUAUGUUCAAUGACCGCGAUAGCGCUCGACAGAUACAUGGCCAUCAUCCAUCCCCUGAAGCAGAGGAUGUCUGCAACUCAGACAAAGGUGAUCAUUGGGGUGAUCUGGGUUUUGGCUCUUCUCCUGGCCUUUCCCCAGUACUACUAUUCCACCACGGACCAGAUGCCUGGAAGGGUCGUCUGCUACAUCGAAUGGCCUGAGUACACACUGCUGGACUUCAAAAAGAUGUACUACGUGUGUGUAGCAGUCCUGAUUUACUUCCUUCCUCUCUUGGUGAUGGGCUGUGCUUACCUGGUGGUGGGUUUGACUCUGUGGGCCAGCGAGAUCCCUGGAGAUUCAUCGGACCGUUAUCAGGAGCAGCUGGCUGCCAAACGCAAGGUGGUGAAGAUGAUGAUUGUUGUGGUGUGCACCUUCGCCGUUUGCUGGCUCCCCUACCACGUGUUUUUUCUGAUUUAUCAGUUCCGCCCGGACCUGUCUGAACAUACCUUCACUCAGCAGGUCUAUCUGACCAUCAUGUGGCUGGCAAUGAGCUCCACUAUGUACAACCCCAUUAUCUACUGCUGCCUCAAUGACAGAUUUCGCGCCGGGUUCAGGCAAGCAUUCCGCUGUUUCCCAUGCGUCCCUGAGGGAUCCUACGAGGGCCUGGAGCUUAAGUCCACCCGGUACCGCCAAACCCAGACGAGUCUAUACCGGGCCAGUCGAAUGGAGACCACUGUGUCCUGUGUGAUGCAUCAGUGUGAAGACGGCCAGAAGGUUACCUUCGGAAGCAUCAAAGGGGCCGCGGGGAGACAGGCAGGUCACAGCCCUUCCAGAGAUCUCACUUCCAAUGGUUCAUCCUCUCGUAGCAUCUCCAAAACAGUAUCUGAGACCUCCAGCUUUUACUCAAGUAAUAACCUAGCGGAAUAGGAACACAGAGUGCCAUUAGGAGAGAAAAGCUACUGUCUUAUCUGGAGAUGUAAUCUUUUAUUGAUGCCUCAUAUCAUUUCUGUCCCUGUGUCGAUUUUCUGCAUGUGCACACGCGUGUAUUGUAGCUGGUUAAGUGCAUAAAGUGUAACUAGUUUUCUUUAUUUUUCAUUCUUGACGCACUCUAUUUUAUAAUUCUGACUGGGGGAACAUUUAAAUAGAUUUUCUUGCAGAAAGGCCUUUUUCACCAAAGUCAUGUAAAUGUCCUAAACAUACUUUAUUGUGUUGCCUUGUAUCUAUAUGAGGGCCUGAUUUAUUGAUCCUGCAUUCACUGAAGACGUUUUAAAAGUUUACUUUAAUGGACAUGUGACACAGAGGAUCAAUGUGAUGCUAUAAAGGUUAAAUUCUCCAGUAAUAUUGACUCAUCUUGCAAGCAACAAAACCUUGCGUGGGUUUAGACAUGGGGUAGAAAGACUACACUUGAUCCCCACAGUCCACAGACAUGAUAUUAUGUAACUCUUAAGGACAGAUCAAUGUGUGACGAAAAAAUUUGAGGUCAGGGAUUGUGCUUUGAAGGCUUUUAUAUGUUUCUAUUCCCUUGCCUGCAUUUUUUUUUAUAUUACUAUUCAUUUCAGAAUUGCGCUUCUUCAAAAUAAUCUCAUGGCAAUUAAUACAUAUUUUAUGAGGUGACUAAUUUGUAUGUACAUUUGUACUAGUGACAAAUAGGUUAAAGGGCGGAGUUAUGGGUGAGGCCUCCUUGUUGUUUUACUAGUAAUUGUAAGUUUUAGUUCGUUUUACUUAUACAUAGAAAUAAGCCAUCUCGUAAAAUAGAUACAAAUUGCUGUGAGAUCAGGUUUAAAACCAUAGAUUUUGGGAAUGUGCAGGGACUCUUGUAAAAAAUAUUUUUAUAAUGGCAUUAGUAAGUGUAUAGUUCUUUCAAAUAAAUAACAAGUAACUUAAAAGGGAAUUAAAACGUUGAACUAGUAUUAGAAACAGUCGAAUGUAAAAUAAAGGUUUACAGGUAUAAAAGUCAAUUUUUAUUAUUUUUAUUGUAUUGAAGAAAUUCUUCUUCUUCAUAAAACACCGGCCGCACACACGCACGUCAUCACCUUAGUGAAAAGCCAGAGUAAAAUUCGCUCUCACCACACUCGUCGAUUUUGUUUGGAUAUUAACCUGGAUACCGUCAUAGCAAUAGGACCCUCACGAUACAAUAUGUUACAAGAUCGUGACUGAAGAGGUGACUAGGGUGAGAGGCUUAUAAAAGAUACACGAGAUUGUGACUGGGGUGAGGGGUUUAUAAAAGUUACAGGAAAUAUGUGGGAUUAGGGGGGAGAGGUCGAACACCUGCUGUUUGUUUCAGCCAGAAUCGGUGAGUGACAGCGGUGUCCGUUUUCCAAGACUGAGCAUGCCGUUCUGGCAUGGAGCGUCUCUCCAGUGUAUUUGUGGGUCUGUUCUUAGCUCUUUCAUUGUUGAGCUCUGAGAGGAUGUAACGCUUGGCAGCGUGCUUGUUAUGGUGCAGUGUGUUCAGAAUAAAUGUACGGUAAAUGACUGUCAUUUGCAUGUGCCUGGUAGUUUGGCAGGUGAUGACAGCUUAUUCCCGGCGCAAAUGAACCACACUCUGUUCCUGAUCUUUAAAAAGACUCAGAAACCUUUUCGACACACCAGACGAUGCUUUUUUCACAAUCGCAACCGCUUCUCGCUCUCACGCAUCAUUGGCAUGUCUCAAAAUCUGAUCUGUACAUUCAAAACCUAUUUGCAAAUCCUGUUUUGAAAAGAAUGUGAAAUGCAAAAAGUGGAUAACAUCAUUGUAAAAAGACACAUGAAACUGCAUAAUAUACUAAGACUUGAGUUCAGUGAAUAUAAAUGAUUAUUUUGUUUUGCAAAUUGGUUUGUCUCGUCUAAGCACAAACCAGGUUUUUCUUUCAAUUUACCCAAUAUUUCAAUCAAUUUAGUUUCAUUAAGUCAGUCAAUUUGAAUUCAGACUUGUUGCUCUAGUAAAUUUAAGGAUGUUUAAAUUGAUUCACUUGAAAACAAGACAAAAACACUCAUUAAGGUUAUUAAGUAAGACGUGAGUAUCAAGGUGUGUUUUGUCUGCCAGUCUGGGUUUGCUGUGUCUCUAUUGGCCGUAUUUGUCUAUGCAUGUGUGAGCACAGGAGAAUUGGAUCUCAUCUUCUCUAUCUGUCUAUAAUCAAAGUAAUUACUCAAGAGACAAGAACACGGAGGGCAGGACAACAGCUGUGUAUGAAAGCAUUGAAACACAUCCACCCGCCAGCGUACUUCAUACCCCCCCAAGCAUGGCUGCUUAAUUUCACUUCAAAUUCUUCAUGUCUGUAUGUAAACACAUAUAGCGAGUGUGAGCGUUUGUUUAAAAAUUUCCUCUACAUUAGGACAGCUGGUAGAGUUCAUCAUUUAUUCACAAAGUAAGAUGUGCUUUGAUUUGCAGCCAGCACAGGAGGCCUCGGACCGCUGGUUCUGCUGGCUUGAAAUCGUACAGAACACCCAGAUAAUUUAUGAUCUUGUAUCAGAAUCUUUGGCAGACACUUUCAUUAAUAACAAAAAAGGGUGGUCGUAUUGAAAUUUUAAUUCAUUUUCUUUAGCAAUUUUGCACCUUAUUUCUGACCUUUAGAAUUAAUUAUUUGCUUGAUGAUGCUGUGAGUUUACAUGUACACACUCUCUUUGCUGUUGUGUUGCGUGUUUUCUGUCUUAUAUAGUCUUAUAUAAGUCUUUUUUGCUUUGUGAGAAAACGUUUAUGUUGAGAAUGUAGAACCAAUAGUAACAGUUGGAAUGAUGUGAUUUCAAUAGACGGACACUUUAAGCGGUCUGUUUUAAAAUGUUGUUUACAUACAUCCUCUAUUUUGAUUGAUCAAGAAGCAUUUUAUUAAUCUAACAAACUCCUUUAUUGACACCCUAAAUAAUAAUGUUAAAUUAUAAAAAGCUUGACAUAUCAUUUUUUUAUAUCUAUUCAAAUAUAAUAGUAAAAAGAUUCCAUUAAUCUUUGGUUCAUGUAUUUUUAAAUGCAGUGC